AUGUUACAACAAUUACAAUCACCUUUCUCUUACUCACUCCCCAAAGCACAAGCUUGUGCACAAGAACAAUUAUCCCCCCCAAUUUUUUCGGAUAGACAAUCUUACAACACCACAUUACUAGAUACACCACUGACACCAUAUCCAAUCAGAAAGAAACAAAGAACAUCUUCAGGGAUACUGGAAAAGUUAUCUCUAAUGCAAUUCAAGUUAUCAAUGUUAGAUGACUCAUUAGUUAAAAAUGAAGUAUUACAACUAGUACAAGACCUUAUAGACAAUGAACAAGAAAGUAUGCUACCACAACGUUCCUUCGAGGAAAUGAUAAUAAAUACCCCUCCACCAUCAUUAGAACAACACCAAGAAAUUCGCACUCCAUUAUCAUCAAAUUAUCAAUACGUUGAUUGUUUUCAAACUCCAAAGGAAAGAAUAAUAGAUUGGGAAAGAAAUUGUCCUCAAGCUCCUAAACAACCUAAUUUUGUAGAUUUCCAGGAGAAUGAUGCAAUUGAUUUCGAGCAACUCAUGUUUGAUUGGGAAUCAAUAUAA